AGAUAGGUUCAGAACACAGCUCAGCCCACUCCUGAUAUAGGAAGCAAUUUUGCAGAAGAGGCGCAAAAUAUUAAUGAAAGAACAUGAGGUCCUCCUGGAUAUUUAUAAUACACGUGCUGUGUCUGAGUGGCCACCAGUGCGCGCCGACGAAGCAGGAGGAGAUGAAUCUCCGCGACAACCUCAAGCAAUUAUCUGAAGUUGGAGAGAAGUAUGUAGAUGAAGAGGUAAAGAAAGCUUUGAUUGGUAUUAAGCAGAUGAAAAUUAUGAUGGAAAGAAAUGAAGAUAAGCACAUAGAUCUGAUGAAAACCUUGAAGAAGAGCAGUGAAGAAAAACAGCAAGCCUUGCGACUUAUGGAUGAAGUAAAGGCAAGACUGGAAGAAGAGGAAAGACAAUGUCAAGUAUCCUUGAAAAAUCUAUGGGAUGAAUGUGAAUCUUGUUUAGAAAGUACCUGCAUGAGAUACUAUACAACGUGCAAACAUGGUGUGUCAACCUUUAAGAGAAAGGUCGAAGAUUUUUUGAGGAAAAUACCUCCACUCAUAUUUACUUUUCAUGAGGAUCAAGGAAGAGACAUCCAGUCCAAUGAAAAGCCUGAGAAAGAGGAUACCCAGCUAGUAAAGAUGGAAAAUUUAUUUAGCCAGCUAUUAUCAGAUGUGGGCUCAAUAUUUGACAGAAGUUUCAUUUUUUUCAAGCACAUGCAAAAAGAAUUUGACCAGUCUUUUCAGACUUAUUUCAUGUCUGACCUGGAGUUGAGUGAGUCCCCCAGUAUGCCAGCGUUACCCGAGGUCACCACCAGAAGCGACGGCUCGCAGAGAGGCUGGGGCGUGCCCGGCUUCUUACAGAUAGUUUUUGAUUUCAGUAGGACGGUGUUCGAAGGGGUCAGUGAGGUGAUCACUGAUGUGUUUGAUGAAUACAGAGAUUAUAGAAGAGAUGUGCCAGAACAAACCAAAGAUCCUGACAGAAGUGGCAUGUUUUCAAAAAUUGUGUCAGGGCACCAGAGACUUCAGUGCAGGGAGCUCCGGGAGAACUCCUCUGGAUGCCCACAGUUUCAUGAGAGAUGCCAGAAAUGUCAAGACAAUCUUUUGCAUGAUUGCCCAAACGUUCCUGAGCUGCACAUAAAGUUUGAUGAAGCCUUUAAGCUGGUUAAUCUCUCAGGGGAGCAGUAUGAGCAGAUUCUCCAGGUGGUUCGGCAUCACACGGAGGACACUUCCUACUUGCUGAACAAAAUGAAAGAAAGGUUUGGGUGGGUGUCUGAGUUAUCCAACAUGACCAUUGGACCAGAAAACAUUUUCAACAUAGUUAAGGUGGUACCUGGGGAUCCCUCCAGUAAAGACGAAACUGUGGUAGAUGUGAACGUUCUGACUUCACCUACUUUCACCAUUAAAGUUCCUCCCAACUUAGAUCCCAAGAGUCCUGAGUUCAUUGAAUACAUAGCUGGGAAAGCACUUCAAUUGUAUAAGCAGAAUUUUUAA